AUGAAUAGGAUGAUGUAUCAAACGUUUAUAUUUACUAAGGUUACAUCGUGGAGCGAUCCCUACAAUAGGUGUUCUACAUCCAGUAGUGAAAGAAAAAAACAUGAAAAUAAUGGUGAGACAGCGACAAACAUUUCCCCCAAAACAUUUGCAGAUAGCAUCACUAUUGAUGACAGAAUAGAAGAGCAGUUGACGUCAUCAAACAGCAAUAUUGAUACUGAAAAUAAUGAAGAUCAUGAAGAACAACUUAUAUUCCAGAGACCUGUUACUGGAGAGUUCAAUACUCUACAAUUUGAUAUUCCAGAGUCCGUUACUCCAGUGGAAAAACGUCGGUUUGCAAAGGCACGAUGUAUAUCUGAAAUUGAUCUGUGUGAUGUCGCAACUCCUCGAAGAGCUAAAAGAACAUUAUCAUUUGUGAAGCUGACUGAUAAGAAGAAGUCUAAACAAAUUAAACGUUUACAAGACACGAAUAGGAGACUAAAUAAACAAAUCGUCUCUUUGCAGCAAAUGGUAUCUGUAAAAAAGGAUUGAUUCGAAAGAUGCUGAAGAUGUAAUGUUGGACAUUGAUGUAAAAAAAUGGGAACAGAAUUUUAAAAAAU